UCCUUAAAAUAGCUCUACUGCGAUUGCUCUGGCACACAGGCGCCAUAUUGAGCCUUGAAAACAACCAUGCAUGAUCUAUCAAAAAACAGGCUGGAAUUAUCCUCCAUCCACCAUGGAAUGACAUGUCCUUGGCUGGGAUUGUGAGUCAGACUUUCUUUAAAAUCAGACUAGAAUAAUUCCAAAUGCAAAAGUCAAAUUGCAGUUGAAGAGGUAUACAAAACCUGUAAAUCCUACAAGUACCAGAGUAUUCUACCUAAACGGGAACAUGGCUAAUCUAUGGCAGAUUAUAGUUGUGGCCUUCAUGUAUUUUUACACAUGGCUUAAAAGAUGUUUAGAACAGAUACAGAGGUGUUUGUGCUUCAAAAGUAGUUUAAAAUGGGUUCAGUUUGGACAAGCAGAUUCUGGUGUUGUUGAAGAGAAGUCUGAUAACCUACAGUCAUAUGUUUGGAGAACAAAUCAAGAAUAUAGAACCUAUCGGCACCAGAGCAAUGGACCAUUAGUUAUGGUGCAAACCAGCACGCAUACUUUCCAUGUGGAUCUGGAGAAGCUUGCAGACUGCAGCGAGUAUUUCAAGGCUCUGUCACUCCUCCAUGAGAGAGACAACUGAAGGGCUGGUGCACCUUGAACAUGUUCCCUCUUCAGUCUUUCACAGCCUUCUAGAAUUCUGCUUCCUACAGCGGUUUUGUGUUCCUGAAGAUCUCCUUGGGGAACACCUACGGGUGAGCACCUACCUGUUGGCUUCCGGGUUCACAGAUCGCCUACUGAUUGCCCUCUCUCAGGCCCUGACGGAGUGCACCUGCUUGGGCUAUCUACAGCUGGCUGAGGAACUCUGCAGUGAGGAGCUCCAAGAGACUGUGCUAACCUACCUGAGCAAGUAUCUACUGGAGCGACCACACCUGAGUAAGGGCUUAGAACCACACCAUAAAAAGAAGCUUCUCAAAUUAAGGUCAAAGGGAAGUCCACACUUAUGCUGCUUAAGAAAAGAGAACUUGACCUCAAGGAAUGACUUGGAAACAGAGGCUGCUCGAAGCCUCUUCAGACUGGAGGGAGAAGGGGAUGAUGGGAAAUGGAGUUCUCCCACAGAUUUGCCUUUUUGUGCAGAUAAGUGGUGCUUCACCACAGCGGUUCUCUAUAAUUACCUCUAUAUCAUAGGGGGUUAUAGACACCGUGUAAAGAAGGGUUACGAAUUCAAGAUGGCUUCUUUCCGGUACAACCCUUUUACCAAUCAAUGGGUAUCGACAGCUCCUCUGAUUAAGCACAGGCGUCACUUCAGUGCAGCAGUGUGUGAAGGGAGAAUCUUUGCUGUGGGCGGCUGGUAUCUCGAUUCCCUUGUGACUCCCGACUCCAGCACCGGUAUCUACACCGCUGUAGAGAGGUAUGAUCCAUGGACGGACACCUGGGCAUUUGUUUCCUCCCUCCCUCUGACGGACUUCCAGUUCAGCUUGUCCCUUUCCCAUGAUUCCCCACUCACAACCAGCAUGGGACACUGCCUCUAUGUACUGGGGAACAUCCAGAGAACCGGAGAGAAACUGGUGCUGCGUUACGAUUCUAGACAAGAUUGCUGGUGUGAACUGCUCCCCACAUUAACUCGCUCCAGCGCAGAGCUCCCCAUCUUGCACUUCCUGGGUGCUACCAAAAGUCAGUUGGUUGUAAUUGGUGGGAACAAUUCUAAAACCAUGGUGACAUCUUUCUGUGUGGACUCUCAGAAGUGGGGCUGUGUCCGUGCAAUGGAGAAGACCAGUUUAAUUGGCCAGGGCACCAUUCUGCAUAACGAGGUCUACAUGUCAGGGAUGAAGGACAAUUCUGUAGUUAAACUGAACCUGCAUUCCCUGUCUCUCCGUCCUCUUCCGUCACUUCCUGUCUCUACCUGCUAUGAGAGCAUUUUCCACCUCUACUUCUGAUCUUCUGUUUUCUUGCUGUUAAAACUGCAACAAAAUAUAGCAACAAUAUAUCUCACAAAAUGUAUCAACUUGUCUGAAGUAAAGCAUGUUGAGAAAACUUGUGGCAUAAUC